AUGGAAAACGACGACGUUGAUAUGGUCGGCGCCGACAACAACGAAGCCCAGGAUUUGGAUGACAUGAAGAAACGGUUGAAGGAAAUGGAAGACGAAGCUGCUGCUUUGCGAGAGAUGCAGGCCAAGGUCGAGAAAGAGAUGGGAUCCGUCCAAGAUCCCGCUAAUGCUUCUGCAAGUCAGGUCAAUAGGGAGGAAGUUGAUUCUCGAUCAAUCUUUGUGGGCAAUGUGGACUAUGCAUGUACUCCUGAAGAAGUGCAACAGCAUUUCCAGUCGUGUGGAACAGUAAACCGAGUCACCAUUCGCACUGAUAAGUUUGGCCAGCCCAAAGGUUAUGCUUAUGUAGAAUUUGUUGAAGUAGAAGCUGUUCAAGAGGCUCUUUCCCUGAAUGAAUCUGAACUGCAUGGACGGCAAUUGAAGGUUACUGCUAAGAGGACCAAUGUACCUGGGAUGAAACAGUUUCGUCCCCGCCGGCCUAGUAAUCCUUACAUGGGAUUUCGAGGCAGAACUCCAUAUGCACCUCCUUUUGCCUAUGCCCCUGCUCCUUAUGGAUAUGGAAAGGUUCCAAGGUUCCGAAUGGGGAUGCGCUACAGCCCCUACUAUUGA